GGGGAGGGGAUGGCGGGGUGGGGGGAGACACUUCCUACUAGUGCGCGCCUCAGCCCUGCUGCAGCCGCCGGAGCUCCGGUCUCGUAGCUCGACCAGUACAUGGAUUAGCUGACACAUUUUGUGAGUUUAUGGAGCUACCCUUCCUUGACCUGGUUAUACCACCAUUUCUAAGAGGAAAUCGUUGCUUGUGACUAAGAGAAGAUGCCUCGGACAAAACAGAUUCAUCCCAGAAAUCUGAGAGACAAAAUUGAAGAAGCACAGAAAGAACUUAAUGAGGCAGAAGAUUCACAAAAAGACAUUUUAGAGACUGGUGUUAAAGGAACAACAGACACAGUUAAAGGUGUGAAACGGAAAAAGAUUGUAACUGAAAACCAUCUGAAAAAAAUACCAAAAUCACCCCUGAGAAAUCCUCUUCAAACAAAGCUUAAGGAAAACACAGAGCAAUCUUUUAAUGUGCUUCAUAGGACUUCAGAAUACCAAAAGGAAGAGAAUCACCUUCCAGUAGAAAAUGGGAAACAAUUUACCAAACAAAAUGGGGAAACACUUGUAGUGACAACCAAAGCCUCAAAAGCUGAAACAUCAGUGCCCCCAAAGAAGUUGUCUUUAUCACAGCAUUCCUUGGAAUUAUGCAAGUGGAGAUCAGAAGGCUCUGAUUCAGGAGAGUUCAAUUUGCCCGAUGAACAGUGUGUCUCUAGUUCUAUGUCAAGUAUGACUAAGACUGACAACAGUGAAUGUAUUACUUUUAAUUGUAGUACUACUUCAUCUUCAUACACAAGCACUGCAUUUGAUGUCUUAUUGAAAGCCAUGGAGCCAGAACUGAGUACCUUAUCACAAAAGGGGCCUUCCUGUGCUAUAAAGGUAGAAAAACUGAGACCAAAUAAAGUUGCCCGAUCUCCUUCUAAACUAAAACACAGUCAGAGUACUCCAAAUCACUCUUUGUCACACCAAGAAUUUGUUCCUGAUUCACAGGUUUCUCCUUGUACCUUACAAACUGUACAUGUGUCUGCUGCUGGCAAGGAUGAACAAGCACCAGUUCAGUCAGUUUCUCCUUCAUAUACUAUCCAUGAACAAUUUGUUUCCAAAUCUAGCCAACAUAAUCAGCAACUUUCCGUAUGUCCAGGAUUUACUAGAUCGCUUACCCAUCAGCAAAGUCAAGAUAAUCCCCAAAUCCCACAAGUAUACAAUAUAGCAGUCACGUCUUCUAUAAAUCAUACCCCAUCUUCUAAUGUAUCUCAGGUUAUUCCUCAAAACCAGCCAAUGGAUUCUUCUUCACCAAUGUCAGUAAGUCCAACCAAUUCCACACAGUUACCUAUAGCCCCAAUGUAUAAUUCAGCUCAAGUCGCUUCCAUUGUUAAUCACAGUGUGGAACAAAUGUAUAAUCUAAUUUUGAAAGAUCAGAAGCCCAAAAAGCAAGGAAAAUAUAUUUGUGAAUAUUGCAGUAGGGCAUGUGCAAAACCUAGUGUUCUUCUAAAGCAUAUCCGCUCCCAUACAGGAGAAAGGCCCUAUCCUUGUGUGACUUGUGGAUUUUCAUUUAAGACUAAAAGCAAUUUAUAUAAGCACAAAAAAUCUCAUGCACAUGCUAUCAAACUGGGACUUGUCUUACAGCCAGAUUCAAGUGGUUUAUUUCUAUCACAUGAAUCAGCUAAAGCACUUAAUAUUCAUUCAGAUGUUGAAGAAAGUGGUGAAAGUGAGGAUGAAGGUAUUGCUGUUGAAAGACAAGAUGAUCAAGGUUCCAUAGAACUGGAGUCUACACAAAUAAUGAAAAUUAUAUCAAAUUCUGAAACUUUACAGAAAUCAAGUUCUAUUCCAAGCAAUCCAGAUCAUGUAUUAGGUGACUUUUCAAUACAGGAAAAAUCUUCAGAAUCACAAGGAAGAACAGCAUUACCUAAAGUAGUAGUUCACCCAGUGAACAUUUCCCCUUUAAGAGCAGAUAGUCCAAAAGUUAUAGAUUCCACUCCUGAACUUCCUAAUACACAAAAAUCAAGGGACAUUCAAGUCACAAAUACAAAGUCAAAUUUAAAUAAUGUGUCUUCUUCAGAGACUGAUGAUAAGUCCCACCAGAAAGGGGAUGUCUCACAGUCGGAAGAAAGGCAAGAGUCUCAUGUAGGACCAAUACAUGCACAACUACAAAGGCAGCAGGCUACUGAUUGUUCCCAAGAGCAACAAGGAAAGCAUUUGCUGAGUCCUCGAAGUUUAGGAAGUACAGAUUCAGGUUACUUUUCACGUUCUGAAAGUACUGAUCAGACAAUGAGUCCACCUCCUCCCUUUGUAAGAGUGUUACCCACCACUGAAAAAGAUCCAAGUAAAAAUAAUGGACCCUAUACAGUUCCUGUCAGUACAACACCACCUUCUGCUCCACAAACAGCCUCUGGUGAAAAAGCAUUGAUUUUAUCUGGUCAAAUGCGUCCACCAAUGGCCACAAAAACACUGGAAGAACGCAUAUCAAAGUUAAUAUCAGAUAAUGAAGCCUUGGUAGAUGACAAGCAGCUAGAUAGUGUGAAACCAAGAAGAACCUCUCUCUCUAGACGAGGCAGUAUAGAUUCACCAAAAUCAUAUAUAUUUAAAGAUUCUUUCCAGUUUGACCUAAAACCCAUGGGAAGGAGAACUAGCUCAAGUUCUGAUAUACCAAAGUCCCCUUUUACACCUACUGAGAAAUCUAAACAAGUUUUUCUUUUGUCUGUACCUUCCCUUGAUUGUUUACCUAUAACCAGAAGUAAUUCUAUGCCUACUACAGGUUAUUCAGCUAUACCUGCAAGUAUAAUACCACCUCCUCAUCCACUAAGAGGAAGUCAAUCAUUUGAUGACAAAAUUGGCUCUUUUUAUGAUGAUGUCUUUGUAUCAGGACCUAAUUCUUCAGUACAACAAAGUGGACAUCCUCGUACUCUUGUGAGACAGACAGCAAUAGAAGAUUCUUCUUCAAAUGAAAAUCAUGUUCUUGGAACAACACAUGCUUCAGAUGAAGGCUAUCUUGGAUGUAAUGUUUCUAAUGAAACUUUAUUGCCAAGAAGUAAGUCAUUUGCACAAGGAUCAAAUUUGGAAAAAAAGAAAUCCCACCAAGGCCGAGGAACAAUGUUUGAGUGUGAAACCUGUCGAAACAGAUAUAGAAAACUGGAAAAUUUUGAAAAUCACAAGAAAUUUUACUGUUCAGAGUUACAUGGACCAAAAACAAAGGUAGCUAUGCGAGAAGCUGAACACAGUCCAGUGUCUAGUAGUACACAACCUCCAAUCCUGCACUAUAGAAUGGCCGGUUCAUCUGGAGUCUGGGAACAGACACCCCAGAUAAGAAAAAGAAGGAAAAUGAAAAGUGUUGGAGAUGAUGAUGAGCUUCAACAAAAUGAAAGUGGAAUUGCUUCAAAAAGUUUAGAAGGUAUACAGUGUCAGAAUAUUUCAGGAAGUGCUAGUUUGUCUAAACAUAAUGUUGACACAAGUGGAAAACAGUCUGGAUGUGUAACAUUGCAAAAAUCUCAAAUUCAGCUUGUUACUAGGAGCACAGAACAGACUAUUGAACCCAAACUCUCUCCCAUUGUGGAAAAGCAAAUAAAUUCGAUUACCCCGGAAAAGAUAGAGCUGAAAAGGCAAGGGACUGGAAUUUCAGUGAUACAGCACACCAAUUCACUAAGCAGACCUACUUCCUUUGAAAAAUCUGAACCUUUUGAAAGAAGUUCCCCAAUUUCUUUGCAAGAGUGUAAUAGAUCAAUGAAGCAUGGGCCUUUGAAGACAAUUAGAAUUAUUCAAGAGGAUGGAUGUAUUCCUGGGAGUGCUGUUUACCAUCCCCAACUUGUGUUGUCAGAUUCACCUAGAGUAGAAUUUCAAGAAAGUCCUAGAGUGGUUUCAAAUGAAAGAAAUGUGCUGAUACAGUCAAGACUGGUUCGCCAACAUAAUAUACAAGUCCCUGAAAUAUUGGUCACAGAAGAACCAGAUCGUGACCAUGAAGCCCAAAGUAAUGAUCAAGAAAAAACAGAAAAAUUUAAUUGGCCUCAACGGAGUGAAACUUUGGCAAAAUUGCCAACAGAGAAACUGCCACCCAAAAAGAAAAGGAUCCGUCUAGCUGAGAUGGACCACUCUUCUGCCGAAUCAAGCUUUGAUUCUACCCUUUCUAGGAGCCUAAGUAGAGAGAGCAGUUUAUCACAUGCUUCAAGUUUCUCAGCUUCUUUAGAUAUAGAUGAAGGUUCUAAAAUUGAGACUACCUCCAAAAUUGAAAUUAUAAAUAAAUCAGAGCUCCUUAUGAUUCCAGCUGGUUCACAAACAUUGAGUGUGCCAGGAACUUCUUACAGGGAAAUGAGACGAGCUGCUUCAGAACAAAUUAAUUGCACACAGCCAUCUAUGGAGGUCUCUGACUUUAGAAGUAAGUCUUUUGACUGUGGCAACACAUCUCCAUCCAAAUCUAUUCCACUUGCGGAGAUACAGACUCUGAAGUCUCCUACUGGCAUUGGAAUUACAGGACAUGUGCCUCUUUUAGAAAGAAGGAGGGGACCUCUUGUACGUCAAAUAUCUCUAAACAUAGCUCCAGAUAGUCAUCUGCCUCCUGUAAUACCAUCACCUUUCCCAUAUACGCUUGUAUCAGAUGUAAACGCAGUGACAUUUCAUAGAUCUCAGAUCUCUAGUAAAUCUCCUUCAAAAUCCUUGCAUUCCCAGAUUCAAGUUGAAGACUCGGAACCAGUAAUCUCAAAUUCUGUUUCUACAGACCCCCAGCAACUUGUAGGUAUCAACUUAACAAAUCAAAUUUAUCUUACCCCUGAACACCCAAAUAUGCAAACUUCUUUUGAAGUGACCACACAAAGUAAAAAAUCAGACACUGUCUCCGCCACACAUUUGUCUUCUGAAAGUGAGGAUUGCUUUGCCCCAAAGUAUCAACUUCACUUUAAAACUCUGCAUUCAAAUCAGUCACAUUCAAAUUCCAUAAAUGCCUUGUCAAACCAAGUUCAUCCAAAUUUAGUUAGUAUGGACCAAAGUGUAACUUCAUUAAAAAUACCUAGUACAUCUGCUUCUUGCCCUUUGCCACCUCUAAAACCUGGACAUUUGUGCAGUCAAAUACAGAAGACAUCACCUUUUGUGAUUCCUGUUCAUAUUCAGGGUAAUGUACCACCCUAUAAUCUUGCUACUGUUACAUCCCUUCCACAAAUUUUAGUAACCCAGGAUCAAUCAAAUCAGCCAGUUUGCAAGACAAAUAUGGUUACAGUGCCAACAUCAGAAAGUGCAAUUCAGAUGCCAAAAUCCCACCAGGAUCCCCAGAAUCCUUUGCCAAACUCACAAAAACAGCUUGUUAGUGAAAAUGUGUUUUCUGAGAUAGGCCGAGUCUCAUCACUAUCAGAAUCUUCGACUAUAAUUCAGAAAAUCCCCGUCAGUGGUCUUUUUCCUCACCCAGAAGCAUCAGCAUCAAGUAAAAGAAUGCUUUCCCCAGCCAAUAGUUUAGAUAUUGCCAUGGAGAAACAACAGAAGCGAGCUAAGGAUGAAAAUGGUGCUGUUUGUAUAACAGACAUGCGAUCAUUACAAUUGUUGAAUGUGAAAAGUAGUGAUUCUAAUAAACAUAAAAAACCUGUUUUGGUGAGACAGGUUUGUACUACAGAGCCCCUUGAAGGUGUUUUAUUGGAUCAAGAAAUUAUUUCACAACCUGGAAGUAGCAGUGACCCGGACAGUUGGACAGAUAGUUUGCCAGUCAGUACCUCUUCAACGAAUUUGAAAUCUGAAAUUGUAGAACAUAUGAAAGAAUUGCCAGAAUUAGGAAACAUUGAAUCUUCUAUAUCUCUAAAUCUUGCAGCUAGAAAUUCACCUUCAUCUUCACCAGAAAAUAUUCAAAUUUCUCCUUUGAAAAGCGCAAACAGUAACCAAGAAAGUAUAUCCCCAGUGGUUAAGAACAAGUGUAACAAACUGAGUGUCCAGGAGCUAACUACUUCUUCAGCAUUUCAUUCAGGAGAUGUACAGCAGCUAUCCUUUCCAAGCCUAAAGACUACAACAAGUUUUACAUGGUGUUACCUUGUAAAACGGAAGCCAUUACAUUUGCCUCAAAAUGACCAAAAAACUUCAGCAUAUUCAAUGUGGAACAUUAGUUCCAGUAAUCCAAAUCCACUUGGUUUGCCUACAAAAGUUGCACUUUCUCUCCUUAAUUCAAAACAGAAGUUUGGAAAAUCCCUAUAUAGUCAAGCAAUAACUUCUCAUUCUAAAUCAGAUGUACUGGUCUAUUCAAGCAAAUGGAAAAACAACUUAAGCAAGAGAGCAUUAGGUAGUCAAAAAUCCAAAGUAGUUGAAUUCAGCAAUAAAGACACCUCUGAAAUUAGCAAUGAACAAGAUAAAGAAAAUUCCAUAAUGAAAAAUGAACCAAGAAGAGUUAAGAUAUUUGAUGGAGGAUAUAAAUCAAAUGAAGAUUAUGUCUAUGUUCGGGGCAGAGGAAGAGGAAAGUACAUUUGUGAGGAAUGUGGAAUACGUUGUAAGAAACCUAGUAUGCUGAAGAAACAUAUUCGCACUCACACAGAUGUCCGUCCUUACCACUGCAACUACUGUAAUUUCUCCUUCAAAACUAAAGGAAAUUUGACAAAACAUAUGAAGUCUAAGGCACAUAGCAAGAAAUGUAUGGAUUUAGGAGUGUCUGUAGGUGUAAUAGAUGAUCAAGACCCAGAAGAAUCAGGUGAAAAGCAAAGGUUUAGUUAUGAGAUUGAAGAUUCUGAUGGUCCCGAUGAUGAUGAGAAUGAAAAUGAAGAAGAUGAUGAAGACAGCCAAAGUGAAUCGGUUCUAUCUGCAGCACCUUCAGUUACAGCCAGCCCUCAGCACCAUCUGUCCAGAAGUGGUCUUCAGGAGUCUCUAAGUGCUGAUGAGGAAAGUAGAAUAACGGAGUGUUUUUCUGGGGUACACUCAGAUCCUAUGGAUGCUCUGCCUAAAGCCCUGCUCACAAAGAUGACCAUACUUAGCUCAGUACAGUCAGAUGGUAGGAGCUCAAGAUCACCAGUGAUAACGAGGCAGCACAGUACAAAAGAUGAGACUGCACAGGAGAAGGUGACUAGUGGAGACGUGACUCAGUCCCCUGAAGCUGCUCCCAGAUCACCGUGCCAUCAAAUGUCCAUAGACUAUCCUGAUGCAGAAGAAGUAGCAGGAAGUGCUACAAUAGGAAAGCCUACUAGUGGAACACAGAAUAUACCCUCUCUGCAACUUCCUUCUCCAGCAGUGGACCAUGGCACCCAGACAACACUGGUGGUCCCUUCAGUGGCUUCACCUUAUCCUAAGAUACAAGAACAGAAACAGCAAAUACCUCUGCAGCAUAUUACAGAAUUGAUGCCUCCUCAGACUCAUUUGUUUAGCCAUCUUCCUCUGCAUUCACAGCAACAAACCAGGACACCCUUUAGCAUGAUUCCAGUCGGGGGAAUCCAUGUGGUUCCUGCUGGCCUAACUGCAUACUCCACAUUUGUACCAAUUCAAGCCGGUCCCAUGCAACUUACUAUUCCAGCUGUUGGGGUGAUUCACAGAACUACAGGUCCUCCUGGGGAUCCGGCCAUGCAAGUUUCUGGCACUACAAAUCCAGCUAGAGUUGCUGAAUUAAACAGUGUCAUGCCAUGUAUUCCCAUUGGUCAGAUUGGUGUCCCAGGCCUUCAAAAUCUCAGUGCGCCAAGCUUGCAAACUCUUCCACCAUUAAGCAUGGAAACUGUGAAUAUUUUAGGCCUAGCCAACACAAACAUUACGCCUCAAGUACAUCCUUCAGGACUUGCACUAAAUGCUGUAGGUCUUCAAGUUCUGACUGCAAACCCUUCUGCCCAAAGCAAUCCUAGCCCUCACACACACAUUCCAGGCCUACAAAUAUUGAACAUAGCACUGCCUACCUUAAUUCCUUCAGUUAGUCCAGUAACUGUGGAUGGACAGGGAGUACCUGAAACACCAGCUUCCCAAAACAAAGCAUGUGAAACUCAACCAGAACAGACUCUUGCAGCGGAUCUCAGUCAGAAUGCCGUUGCUGUAUCUCCUCAGGGGUCACCUAAAGCCCAUCGGUACAAUGGAAAAGACUCAUCCGAGCCCACUCUUCCAAGAGAACAUGGAAAGCUUGAUGGCACAGGUAAAACUGACACUGAAACAACUGACUUGGCAAAUCAUGGGACGCCAAAGCAUGAAGCCACUUCUCAGCAGGGCAGACAGGGCUGCAGCUCAGAGCCCCCCCUGAGAGUGCAGGCUGAGGGUGCAGCGGCGUCACCGGGCCAUCGGGCACUCUCUCCAGAGAGGCAGGUGCACAGGCCCCCCAGCCUACCCCGCAGACAGAACACAGUGCAGUUUAGUGAUGUCAGUAGCGAUGAUGAUGAGGACAGGCUUGUAAUAGCAACCUAGAUUUUUUUAUAACACUUAAAGGUUUCUUUGCAAACCUCUCUUUCCUUAAAGCACAUUUUUUCUGACACAAAUUCAUUAUUAAUCUUUGUGCAAUCAUGAAAUUUUGACCAAUAAUUGUUGUUUCUUGUCAGCUCCAACCAUUUUUGUACAUGUUGUAUAGACAAUUGUGCCUUUUUGGAGUUUUAUGUUUAGAAACUUGUACAGAUUGUUGAAAAAAAUCUAUAUAUAAAAAUACAUAUUAUAUAUGUAUAUGAAAACCAGGUAGCUGCUUGUGUUUAGUAAGUAAAACAUCUUAUGUCAAAUCAAAUGAUUAAAUUAUAUGUUGCACUGUUAAAUGUAAAUUUUUAUGGUUGUAGGGGAAAGUUUCUGUGUACAGAUUGGUAUGUAAAACUCCAUAUUUAUUGUAUCCAUAUUAGUCUUGGAAAUGGGUCUCUCCAUCUUCUCGUGUAAGACAGUAGCUUUACACUUCAGACAGAAUUUCUCUGUGUUAUGAAAUGUUCCAGUAAAAUUUUGUUUACUGACUUUA